UGUCUUGUGAAGUCCAUGUGGUUACUACACCACCGGCAGCGUCAGCACACAUCGUGGAGCGAGACAAAAACAACCACAUGCUCAGGAACAUCGAGUUCUGCGGAGGAUACACGAGUGGGCCCGGUCCACAGUGACGUCACAGAGGAGAAGAAUUCAAGACAAUUGUUACUGUGUGAAGCAGAAAUGAGCACUGAUCAGGAUGUGCUGAUGGAUGGCCAUUCAGCCACUGCCAUCUUUGCUGCGAAAGGCAUUGAUAUAACACCUAAUAAAGACCAAGGUGUAAUCAAGGUUGUAAAGCGUCGGGGUGUAGAUGGAGACCGAACGAUGACCGGGGACAGAGUAACUGUUCACUACACUGGAAGGCUCCUCAGUGGGAAAGUAUUCGACUGCAGUCGGGAUUGUAAAAAACCAUUUUGCUUCAGCGUGGGCAAGGGACAGGUUCUGAAAGCCUGGGAUAUUGGUGUGCUGUCGAUGCGAGGGGAGAGGUGUGCACACUACUAUGUAAAGCAGAAUACGCAUAUGGGGCUGCUGGAAAUUCGGACAAAAUCCCUCCUAACUCUUCAGUGCUGUUUGAAAUCCAGAAACAACAAUAAAGAACUGUUGCUUCAGGGGGCAAAGGUUGAGGGAUAA